CUGGAGCAAGUAUCGGGUUGCGUGUCCUAAUUGACAAAUCUCUCGUGUUCAUCUCUGAAAAUAAUACGAUUCAAAUGCAUGACUUAAUACAAGAGAUGGGUAAAUAUGUGGUGAAAAGCAAAAAUAUUCGGGAGAAGCUAGCAGACUAUGGGAUGUUAAAGAUUUUGAAGAAGUGAUGGUCAACGAUACAGGGACAAAAGCAUUGGAAGCAAUCUGGCUACAGUACAUUCAAAAGUUAUGCUUUAACGAAAAAGCCAUGAAAAAUAUGAAAAGGCUUAGACUAUUAUACAUUGGUGGUUUUCAUACACAUGUUGCCUCCAUUGAGUACCUUCCCAACAGCUUGCGCUGGUUUGCCUUUUAUCACUAUCCUUGUGAGUCAUUGCCAGACAGUUUUGAACCCAAAAGGCUUGUUCAUCUUAAUCUCUGGUUCAGUUUGGUGCUGCAUCAUUUAUGGACUGGAACAAAGCAUUUGCCUUCUCUACAGACGCUAGAUCUCAGUUACUCUACAAACCUUAUGCAAACACCAGAUUUCACGGGGAUGCCAAAUUUGGAUUAUUUGAAUCUAUCAUAUUGUUAUAAUCUUGAAGAGAUUCAUCAUUCCUUGGGAUGUUCCAGAAAACUCAAUUUCUUGUAUUUGUGUUUUUGUGCACGCCUUAAGAGGUUUCCAUGUGUUAGCGGGGAAUCUCUUGAAUAUCUGUAUCUACAUGAUUGCUAUAAUUUAGAAAAAUUUCCAAAAAUCCUCGGAGGAAUGAAGCCGGAGUUGAAGAUUAAGAUGGGACGCUCUGGGAUAAGGGAACUACCAUCAUCUAUUCAGUACCUAACUCAUAUUACCAAGCUAAAUUUAAAAGAAAUGAGAAACCUUGCAUCUCUUCCAAGAAGCAUUUGCAUGUUGAAAAGCUUGGUGGCGCUAGACAUAUCGUACUGCUCAAAACUUGAAAGCUUGCCCGAGGAUAUAGGUGAUUUAUUAAACUUGGAGAAGCUUGAUGCCACAUGCACUCUAAUUUCACGACCUCCGUCUUCCAUCAUCCUCUUGUACAAGCUUAAAUUCUUGAGUUUUGCAAAACAAAAUUCAGAAGUAGGCCUAGAAGAUGGAGUGUUCUUUGUGUUCCCUCACGUGAAUGAAGGGCUACGCUCAUUGGAAGAUUUGGAUCUCGGUUACUGCAAUCUAAUAGAUGGAGGACUUCCGGAAGACAUUGGAUCCUUAUCCUAUUGAAAAAGUUGUAUCUAACUGGAAAUAAUUUUGAGCAUUUGCCUCGAAGCAUAUCCCAACUUGGUGCUCUUCGAGUCUUGUACUUAUCAGAUUGCCCUAAUCUUAAAGAGUUCCCUCAGGUGAAUGACGGGUUAUGCUCAUUGGAAGAUUUGUAUCUCAGUUACUGCAAUCUAAUAGAUGGAGGACUUCCGGAAGAUAUUGGAUCCUUAUCCUCUUUGAAAAAGUUGUAUCUCGAUGGAAAUGACUUUGAGCAUUUGCCUCAAAGCGUAGCCCAACUUGAUGGUCUUCGAUUCUUGGACCUAUCAACUUGCGCGAGGCUUAAAGAGUUGCCAGAUUUCAUGUGGAUGCCUGAUUUGUAUUUUUUGCAUCUGAUAGAUUGUAUGAACCCCCUGGGAUUUUUUGAAAAGAUCAGUCACUUAUGCUUGUAUAAUUGUAAACACCUUAAGACGUUUCCAGGUCUAUGCGUCAAUUCCCUUCAAUGUAUUCGGACAUGGGAGUGCUCUAGUUUAAAAAGUUAUCCAAAAAUCACUGGAAGCAUGAAAGUGGAAUCAGAGAUUCACAUGUUAGACAGUGUAAUGUGGGAUCUAAAUUCGAAUAUUUCAUUUCCACAUUCCUUGUCUCAGAAGAUCGUUUUGUUGCAGCAUGACAUCUCUGAUCAGAUUCCUUGUCAUUAAGAGUUUUUACCAUUGAGCAUCCUGAGAAUAAGAUCCCAAGUUGGUUCCAUCAUCAGGGAAGGGAUACAAAUGUAUCAGUCAAUUUGCCUGAAAAUUGGUAUAUAUCGGAUAACUUCUUGGGAUUUGCUGUAGGUUACUCUAGCCAAUUAAUUGACAUCACAGCUCACUUGAUUCCCUUAUGUGAUGAUGGGAUGUCGUGGAUGACCUUUGAACUAAAAUUAUCCAACCAUGCGAAAUGUGAUACUGAAUUCUUUGAUUAUUUGGAAUGUGAUACAGAAUUAUCCGACCAUUAAGAAUGUGAUACUGAACUUCAUUUUUUCUUGAUACCUCUUUUUAGCUUAUGGAAUACAUCCAAGGCAAAUGGAAAAACACCAAAUGACUAUGGAAUCAUUACAUUAUCCUUUGAUGGAGAAAUAAAGAAGUUUGGAUUUCGUUUGUUGUAUAAAGAUGAGCCUGAGCUUGAGACCUUGUUACAAAUGAGGGCAAAUAAUGAUGAACCAACAGAACAUUGCAUCGGGACACGGAGCAGCAGAUAUGACUAUAGCGAGCACCAUGACGCCGUGACCAGUGAAGUCAGUUUCUCCUCUUCUAAGAAACAAACGCCUUAGCUUGAAGCCUUGUUACAAAUGAGGGAAAAUAAUGAUGAACCAACAGAACAUUGCAUUGGAAUAAGGAGUAGCAGAUAUGGCAAUAGCGAACACCAUGAACAAUGAAGCUAGUUGCUCCUCUUCUAAGAAACAAAGGUGUCAUUCUAAUAUUCGUGGGAGAGUUGCCAGUCUCUUCAAAAACUUUGCAACUCUUUCUUGCAAACCCAGGAAUUUUGCUUAAU